CCAGAUCAUCUUACACCGGAUAGACCGCCUGCAGGAUUAUAUUGGAAAAGAGGAGGAUUUCUCUGACCAGCAGCUCUGUGGACAGGAGAGGAAUUCCAGUUUGGAUCAAGAGGAACCAGAAGCUCUGCAGAUAAAAGAAGAGCAGAAAGAACCAGAAGAUCCCUGGACUAAAGAGGAAACCAUGGAGCUCCCCAUAAGUGAGCAUGAAGAGCAGCUUGUUCUGAAGCAGGAGAUUGAAGACAAACCUUUCCCAUGUUUGACAUGUGGAGAAAAUUUUCUUAAAAAAGAACAUUUAAUGGAUCACAUGAGAACUCACACAGACCGCCUGCAGGAUUAUAUUGGAAAAGAGGAGGAUUUCUCUGACCAGCGGCUCUGUGGACAAGAGAGCAAUUCCAGUUUGGAUCAAAAGGAACCAGAAGCUCUGCAGAUAAAAGAAGAGCAGCAAAAGCCAGAAGAUCCCUGGACAAAAGAGGAAACCAUGGAGCUCAACAUAAGUGAGCAAGAAGAGCAGCUUGUUCUGAAGCAGGAUAUUGAAGAGAAACCUUCCCCAUGUCUGACACGGGGAGAAAACUUUUUAAAAAAAGAACAGUCAAUGGCUGACAUAAGAAAUCAAGCUGGUCAGAAGAUUUAUGAAUGUUUGUCCUGUGGAAAAAUUUUCACACAGAAAUUUAGACUUAAUCAUCACAUGAAAAUUCACACAGGUGAGAAGCCUUUUUCCUGCACGAUUUGUAGCAAGAAAUUCACUUACAAGAGUGGUUUGACUGCACACAUGAGAAUUCACACUGGUGAGAAGCCUUUUUCCUGCACGAUUUGUAGCAAAAGUUUUAUUACUAAAAGUUAUUUGACACUACACAUGAGAAAUCACACAGGUGAGAAGCCUUUUUCCUGCACGAUUUGUAGCAAAAGUUUUAUUAAAAAAAUUUAUUUGACUAAACACAUGAGAAUUCACACCGAUGAGAAGCCUUUUGAAUGUCUAUUAUGUGGGCAAAGCUUCACCUUUAAGACCCGUCUUAAUUAUCACAUCAGAAUUCACACGGGCGAGAGGCCUUUUUCCUGUACAAUUUGUAACAAGAAUUUUACUGUAAAAGGUAAUUUGAUUAAACACAUGAAAUUUCAUACAGGUGAGAAGCCUUUUUCCUGCACAAUUUGUUGCAAAGGUUUUACUGAAAAAAGUAGUUUGCAUAGACAUAAGAAAAUUCACACUGGUGAGAAGCUUUUUGAAUGUCUGUCCUGUGGAAAAAGCUUCUCUGAGAAAUCUACUCUUGAUUCACACAUCAGAAUUCACACUGGUGAGAGGCCUUUUUCCUGCACGAUUUGUUGCAAAGGUUUUACUCAAAGAGGUUCUUUGACUCUACACAUGAGAAUUCACACAGGUGAGAGGCCUAUUUCCUGUACAACUUGUAACAAGAAAUUCACUUGCAAAAGUAAUUUGACUAAACACAUGAAAAUUCACACAGGUGAGAAGUUGUUCUCCUGAAUUAUUUAUGACAAGGGUUUUAAACAAGGCGGUUAUUCGGUUAUUCAGAUGACAUUUAUUAAUUCAUGAUGUGGAAUGAUUUAUAUUUGAGGUGGGCAUAUAUUCAUUUCUGUAGUCUUGGAAUUAAUCUAAAAAUGACUAAACAUGGCCUACCUAAAGUGAAGGAGUGCAGUUC